AUGAGCAAACGGCCUCGAGAGAUUUUUCAUGAUGGAAAAGGAAGGAAAAAACCCGAAAGGCAUAUGGAUAACAUUCUGAGAAUGCCUAUUCCUGUCAGAAGCUUGUCAAAGGCCUCGAGGCCGGGAACUGCCGCAUUGGGAAAUAGAGAUGCAAUUGCGCGCGAGUUUACGAAAUUCUCGCAGGAGUUUCUCCGGCCAUAUGCGGCUGGUUCUAAGUUUGAGGUAUGGGUCUAUAGCUGCGGUAAUUAUCGCCGGAUCUCCGUAUCGAGACUGGGUUUGUUUUCAAAUUACCGGAAACAGACGAGAAAACUAAGCGAUGUGUGGGUGUCUUCGGCAUUGCCUUGUUUAUAUUUCUCCGUUUCAGGAAGCAUGUUUUGUUUUCGCCGUCCAGCGUGGUGA